AUGGCAGGCCGGCAAUUGUGGGUGCGAGUGGGAGUGGACGGCAGUGACUCAGUCUGCCGCCCGCUGCUGCUGGAGGGCGGCACGCGGCUGGCCUUCCCUGUCUCAUACGUAGCAGGGGGGAGCAGAUGUGAACGGGAAAGGGGGGCCGAGGCCAUGGCUUUGCAAGGGCUCAGAAUGGGGUGGGGAGAGGACGGGGCGACAGGGGUGGGGCUGCAAGGGGUGGCGGCCGUGGAAGGGGGGGCAGCGCGGGUGCACGGGACAGUGCUGCUAGAGGUGGUUCGAGAGGGGCGCAAGCACCGGCUUGUGCUUCGCUCCCUCGUUUCAAUCGUCAACGCCUCGCACACGCCCCUGCUACUCCAAGCUCAUCACUCCCACCGCCCCGAUCUGCCUGUGGAAGACGUGGGGGUGUGUGGUGCCAAGAGCACUCUGCACCUUCCGCUGCACCUCACCUCGUCCACCUCCCUCCGCUGGCGACCAGUGCAGGGGCCGUGGGCGUGGAGCGAGGAGACCAGGCUCGAUGAUGCUGUGCUGGCCCCCGCUGCUGCCACUGUCACUUGCACUGGCACCAGUGGGUUGGAUAUUACUGGCAGCAACAGCAGCAUGAGUGCUAUCACCAGCACUGGUAGUGGCGGCGGCACCGGUGGUGUGGCACCGUUGCUGACCCGCUCUGCUUCGUCCUCUUCCAUCUCCACUCCCGGAAUUGCUGCCUCUCUUGACCUGCUUCCGCCCUCCUUCUUCUGCCUCUCCCUCACCGCCUUCCAAUCGCCUCUGCCUCUCAGCUUACCACCCGUGGCACCCUCGCAUUGCCCCAUCGCUCGGACGCCUGUCACCAGUCCACCUCACGAGGCCACCGCUGCUGCCCACCGCUCCCACUCGCCUCCCCUCACCGCCACCAGCCGCCCAAAUCCCAGCAGCCCCCCUCACACCCUCCGCCGUAUUUCGUCCUCUAGCGCCGAUGCCGUCGCCAUUGCAGCAGCUGCUGCAGCCCAAGCUGCUGCUCUCCUAGCCAAUCCGCACCUUCCUGCUCCUACUGCCACGUCAGCAGGCACUGCCAUCGUGGCAACAGCAAACCAUGGCGCCACAUCACCCCCAACCACUAGCCCCUCUUAUCCUCUAUCCAGGAGCGGCAGUGCUGCCAGCAUCGGCUGCCUUUCUCCUGUGUUCGCCUCCUCUGCUGCACCCAUGGAUAGCCGAAGGGCAGGAGGCAGGAGAAACAGCAGAGGAGGGGGUGACGUAUGGUGGGCGGUGGGUGGGGAGGGAGAAGUGGAGAGGAGGGAGAGGGGAGGAGGCGGAGGAGGAGGAAGAGGAGGAGAGGGGGGUGAGGCAAUGGAAGAGGGCAUGGCGUGGGAGCAGCAGCUGUGCCUCGCAGCGCCUCUUGUGUUGAAGAAUCUUCUGCUCGUCCCGGUUACUGGCUCAUCAGUGGAGGUGUUUGACUUCGCCGCCCACCACACCCUUCACGCCACACUGAUCGUCCCCGGUUUCCUGGAAUCCCCACCUCUGCUGCUUCCCACGCCUCCUGCUGACAGCAACAACAGCGGGCGGCAAAAGGGACAGAAGAGGGGAUGGAAGGGGAAAGAAGGAGAGGAGGGGGAGAAGGGGCAGAGGGAAGAGUGGCAGCAGCACAAGGAGGAAGAGCUGCUGCUCACUCGCGUCACAGGUCCCCCCGUGCCCCUGCACCUGAUCCACCUGCACCGCCCUGCCUCUGCCUCCCGCUGCCUGCACCUGCUAGCCCCCUUCACCAUCGUCAACGCCACCGACCUCCCCCUCUGCCUCUCCGACGCGCACCUCCUCGCCACGCCCUCCUCCCACCUCUUCCUCCCCCCGCACCCCGCCCUUCUCACAAGCGACAGCCUGGCAGCUGCCACGUCAGCAUCUCAUCUGACUGCAUUGGUGGCGAGCGGCGUGCCGCUUGUGCCAGCUGGCAGCGCAGCAGGGGGCGGUCCAGUGGGAGGGUUGGCUGCUGUGCUUCCUGGGAUGAGUGGAGGAGUGAGCGUUGCUGCUGAUGGCUCGCUGUCACACGGCCCUGCAGCCGCAAACUUGGGAGCUGGGGAAAGGGGUUCAGGAUCGAGAGGCGAGCGCAGGGCAGGAGGGAGCGAGGAGAUAAGCCAGGGAGGAGGAACGCUGCAACCCCCUAUGGCUCUGUUCACUCCAGCCCCCCCUGCACCCGCUCUUGAUGCCGACUCUGCUGCUUCUGGGGCCACAGCAGGGCUGCACCCCACCCAGCCAGCACUUGUGCUGCGAGUGGGGGGUACUGCUGCUGCUUCUUCUACUACCACAGCUGCUGGUCUGGGUGGUGCUGGCAGUAUGCGCUCGCUCAAUGACCCCCCGCCUUCCACCGUGCCUGAUUGGAGCCACGUGUCGCUCUCUGGUUGGUCGGCAGCUAUCCCAGUGGAGCCAACAGGGGGAGUGGCAGAGGUGUUGAUUCCACAGCAAGCAGGGAACAGCAGCAGUGGUGGCGGUGGCAGUGGCAGUGGUGGCGGCAGCAGUGGUGGUGGUGGUGGUGGAGGUGCAUUCGCACUGAGUCUCACCUGCCAUGACACCCUUGGUGCCUCUGCUGGCCGUGCCAAGACCGUCACCCUUCGCCCUCGGUACGUGCUAGCCAACAGCCUGUCAGCGGACAUACGGGUGAAGCAGCACGGCACGGACCGGCACGUUCUCAUCAAGGCUGGGGGCAACGCACCCAUCCACUUCACCAAACUGCAGCGUCGCCUCUACCUGUCGCUGCGCCUGGCUGACAGCAGCUGUGAGUGGUCGGGUGCCUUCCGCCCCUCCCAGCUAGGCGACACUCAGCUCAAGCUGCGUUGCUCCCCCUCCCCCUCCUCCUCGCCGUCCUCGCCCCUCGCCCUUACUCGCAUCGUGAGGGUCGACGUGUCGCUCGCCGAACCCCACCUGCCACACCCUGCUGCCGCUGCCGCUGCCGCUGCCGCCACGCAUACAACCGCCACUGCUUCUACCACUGCUGCUGCCAGUGCUGCGACAAACGCCAGUGGAGGCGGCAGCAGCAGUGGUGGGAUCUCUGGGGGCACUGAGGCAGCGAGGGUUGGCAGCGAUGAUGGCAGCAGCAGGGGAGGCGAGGGCAGUGGCAAGUGGAGUGGGGGAGGCACGUACCUGGUGGUGGUUGGGGAGGACGACUCUGGCUUCAUGCCCUUUCGCAUUGACAACUGCUCCCGCGAGGUGCUGCGCUUCUACCAGCGCGGGUGCGAGGGGCUGGGCCACACUGACUCCCUCAAACCCUUUGCCACUACGCCCUACGCAUGGGACGAACCCUGCCGCCCACACCGCCUCGUGCUUGAGGUACCAGGGGAGGGCGGCAGCAUGGGUCACUUCCCUUUGGACCAAGUGAAGCACUUCCCGCUUGUCGUCCUCCCUGCUACCCCUCAGUUCCCCUACGUCAUCCUGUGCCUCUGUCCGGCUGUCCUCCCUUUCCCUGCCUUGCCUCCCGUUCCCCUCUUCACCUUUUCUUGCCUCUCUGCACUCACAGAGGGAGCAGCGGCGCCUGAGAGUAUCCGUGUGCUCUCUGUGUGUGACAUCGACCUCUUCCCUCCUCCCUCCUCCUUCCCCCCUCUCCGUCUCAACCACUCCACCAUGCCACGUCACGCUGAGCUGGCAUCCAGUCAGCACCGCCAAUCGUGGAGUCUCUCCUCCAAAUCCCCCACCGUGCCCCAGUCUUCCUCCUCCUCUCUACUCGAAUUUCUCCUGAGUGUGCGCAUCCCCCUUAUAGCACUCUCCGUUAUAGACGCUCGCCCUCAGGAGCUACUACUGCUCUCCCUACAUCGCCUCUCCAUCUCCCUCUCCCGCUCCGCCCACCAACACUCCCUCUCCUUCCUCCUCUCCCACCUCCAACUCGACAACCAACUCCCCAACGCCCUCUUCCCCAUCCUCCUCGCCUCCUCCUCCCCUCCUCCUCUCUCCCUCACUCACUCCACGCCAUCACCCUUCUCUUCACCCUCACCCUCCCCUUUCUCCAUGCUCCACCCAUCCCACACCCCUCCAAGCCUCGCGCUGCUACAAGCUGCACUACAAUCGCCCUCCCUGCUGCUCUCCUCGGUUUUCCACCACACGGCCCAACACCACCGUGAAGCUCCUUCCCACAAUUCCCUCCUGCAAGCGCCAGGCCAAGCCAGCCUGCAAGGGGGGGAAGCGGCGGUGGCAGCAGAGGUGGUGGCGUGGCGGCAGAGAGUGGGCUCUGUACUCUGUGUGGAGAGUGUGAGGGUCGGCCUCGCCCCCCUCUCCCUAGAGCUCGAGGAGCAUCUGCUGCUGCGCCUGCUGGACUUCUCCCGCACGUGCAUCGCUGCACUCUCCGCACUCGGCCACCCUUCGCCUUCCUCUCCGCCCCAUGCCCCCUCUCUUGCCUCCGGCACCAAGGCUGUGGAGAGAGGAAGAGCCGGAAAUGCUGGCGGGGGAAGGGGGCAGGGACGGGAGGGGGUGAGGGGAGUGGCUGGAGCACAGGCAGGGAGGGGAGGUGGAGAUAAGGAGGACAAAAAGGAGGGAGGGCAGCAGGGGCAGGAGCAUAUGCAGCGAGUGUACAUCUGGUGCAGUGGCGCAUCAGUGGCAGCGGUGGGGGUGGUGGGCGGGCACGGCAUGAACACAUCUCCCCACAUUCCAGGCACGGCCAACAUGUACAUAGAGACCAUGGCCGUCCGCCCCAUGCACAUCACCAUCAGCUUCGCCAGUGCACCAUGGGCCGCGGAGCAGAGCAGGGGGGCGGCAGCGCAAGGGGUGUUGGGGGCGCUGGGAGCAGUGGUGCAGCGGAGUGUGCUGUCUCUGGCGGACGUGCAGGGGGCGCCGCUGGGGCUGUCCGCGUGGCAGCUGGAGCAUUUUUUCGGGGGAACGGCGUCGCUGGGAGCGAGGCUUGAGAGGCACUACACGCUGCAGCUGCUGCAGGCGCUGUACAAGGUGGUGGGAUCAGCAGACUUCCUAGGCAACCCGGUGGGGCUGCUCUCGUCCCUCUCUGCUAGCCUCUGGGACCUGCUCGCCUCGCCCACCCACACACUGCUCAUGCGCCGGAGCCCGGCAGGGUUCGCCAAGGGGGUGUGGGCAGGGUGGACGAGUCUGCUGCGCACCACCCUCUUCGCUCUCUCACACUCCGCCUCCCGCAUGUCCCAUGCCGCUUCCAAGGUAACAAUCCAAUCAGCAGAAGCCAACGGGUGGUGGCACUGUUGCACUCUCCUGGCAUGGCUGCUUGCCUUCCUUCUCUGCUCCGCUCUCUCCCCGGUUUUCCUGCCUGCCAUCUCUCCACCAUCUUUGCAUUUCCCACCAUCUUCCUCUGGUUUCCUUCCUGUCUCCAUGGCGUGCCAUGGCAUGGCAUGGCAGGGGAUGGCAUCAUUGGCAUGGGACGAGGAGAACGAGGAAGGCAUGGAGCGGGCGGGGCAGGCAUGGGCCCCUCACGCCUCAGACGAAGCCUCCUUCUUCGCCUCACUUAUACAGGGCGUGACAGGCCUCUUGGACCGUCCAAUCAGGGGUUGGGAGAGGGGCGGUCUCCCCGGCCUUGCAUCUGGUCUGACGCAGGGAGUGUUGGGAGUGGUGGCACGACCAGCAGCAUCGGCACUGGCACUAGCAGCAAAAACAGCAGAGAGCAUUCGCAACGUGGCGCGUCCCCCUGGCCCCUCCCAGGCUCUGCACCCGCUGCGCCUGCCAAGGCAGCUGAGUCCAGGCCGCCCCCUCGCCCCCUACUGCCACUCCCAAGCCGCUGCUCAAGCUGCUCUGGCUGAGGCUGCAGGGGGGGCGUGGCGAGAUGAGGAUGCCCUGGCAUGCUUCCAAGUGGCCCCUGCACCAUCAGCACCAGCAUUGGUACCAGUAUCAGCAUCGUCAUUGCCUGGCUCGCCAGUGGCACCAGAGGAAGCGUUCGUUAUUGUCACACCAUCGCACAUGCUGCACGUGUGGAGGGUGGCAGCAGCGGGGCGGCACAGCAGGAGCCAGAGAGCCAGCCAAUGGCAGGUGGCGUGGGCGGUGCCUCUAAGGGACGUGAUUGGCUGCUGCAGCAUGUUACCCAUUGAAUCACAAGUGCAGCGUGGGAGCAAGCUUGCAGCAGAAGGGAGUGAGCAUACAGCACGUGCCACUGCAACAGCAGUAGCAGCAGAAGAAGAGAGCAAUGCAUCAGGCCAUGCGUCAACACCACAUCCUGCUGCCUCCAUCUCUCCUGCCACUGAUGCAAUUCAAGCUCAACCCAUGUUGCCGCCCACAACACUGCCGCCCGUCCCUGUGGAUGGAGGGGCUAGUGAGGCUCACGCUGCAAGCAUGGACGCCAGUGGAUCCUCCACAGCGCGCCGUGCGGCCGCCGCGGCGUGCAGGGUGGACGCGCUGGUGCCCGCAGCAUCAGCAGCGCCGCGCAGCGGCGGGCGGCUGUUCAGCUCGUCGAGCUCCGCGCCGCCGGCGGACGGCGACGCGCCGAAGGCAGAGCUCACGCCGGUGCAGGCGGAGUGGGCGAAGCGCGCGUCCAAGGAGAUCAAGGGCGGGGAUGCGUUUGAGGAUCUCAAGACACUCUCGCCUGAGGGCAUCUGGAUCAAGCCGGUCUAUUCCUACUCCGACGUGCCCGAGGAGUCAAAGACGGAGAUGCCGGGCGUCUUCCCAUUCUCGCGCGGCCCCUACGCAACUAUGUACACGCAGCGCCCCUGGACCAUUCGCCAAUACGCCGGCUUCAGCACGGCGGAGGAGUCGAACGCGUUCUACCGGCGGAAUCUGGCGGCGGGGCAGAAGGGUCUGUCCGUGGCCUUCGACCUCGCCACGCACCGCGGUUAUGACUCCGAUCACCCGCGCGUGGUGGGAGACGUGGGCAUGGCGGGCGUGGCAGUGGACAGCGUGGAGGACAUGAAGGUGCUCUUCGGGGGCAUCCCGCUCGACAAGAUGUCCGUCUCCAUGACCAUGAAUGGCGCCGUGCUUCCGGUUAUGGCGUUUUUCAUCGUUGCUGCCCAGGAGCAAGGUGUUGACCUAGCCAAGGUGUCAGGCACGAUUCAGAACGACAUCCUGAAGGAGUACAUGGUGCGCAACACGUACAUCUACCCGCCCGCGCCGUCCAUGCGCGUGGUGGGCGACAUCAUGGCGUACACGUCAAGGCUCAUGCCCAAGUUCAACUCCAUCUCCAUCUCGGGUUACCACAUGCAGGAGGCGGGUGCUGACUGUGCUGUAGAGAUGGCGUUCACCAUUGCGGACGGCCUGGAGUACAUUCGGUGCGGCAUGGAGGCGGGCGUGGGCGUGGACGAGCUGGCUCCGCGCUUCUCCUUCUUCUGGGCCAUCGGCAUGAACUUUUACAUGGAGAUCGCCAAGAUGCGGGCAGCACGGCGUGUGUGGGCCAAGCUAGUCAAGGAGAAGUUCAAUCCCAAGAAUUCCAAGUCGCUCGUCCUCAGGACGCACAGCCAGACGUCCGGCUACUCACUGACCGAGCAGGACCCAUACAACAACGUGAUCCGCACCACAGUGGAAGCCAUGGCGGCCGUGCUGGGCGGCACCCAGUCCCUCCACACCAACGCCUUCGACGAGGCCCUCGCCCUCCCCUCCGAGAUGAGCGCACGCAUCGCCCGCAACACCCAGCUGAUUCUCCAGGAGGAAACGGGUAUUACCCAUGUGGCGGACCCGUGGGGCGGGUCGUUUAUGAUGGAGGCGUUGACUGCAGAGCUUGAGCGGAAGGCGCUGGAGAUCAUAGAGGAGGUGGAGGCGGCAGGCGGCAUGACCAAGGCCAUCAUGUCUGGCAUGCCCAAGCGGAAGAUUGAAGAGUGCUCUGCUCGCAAGCAGGCGCGAGUGGACAGCGGGCUAGACGUGGUGGUGGGGGUGAACAAGUAUCGCCUCAAGGAGGAGGAGGGAGUGGAGCUGAGGCACAUUGACAACGCUGCUGUGCUCAAGAGCCAAGUCAAACGCCUGGGGGAGCUCAGGGCCUCCCGAGACAAUGAAAAAGUGAAGGCAGCACUGGCAGCGCUAACAGCAGCGGCAAAGAGCACGGAGCGCGGCGAGGGAUGCAACUUGCUGACCCUCGCAGUGGAGGCGGCGCGAGUGCGGUGCACCCUGGGGGAGAUCAGUGACGCGCUCGAGGCAGAGUGGGGCCGCCACGUUGCCGACUCCACCAUCUCUACUGGCGCCUACAGGGGCGAGUACGGGCGUGCAACUGGCGGCCAGGAGACCGAGGAGCUAGCAGCAGUGAAGGCAGCCGUAGAAGCCUUCGAGAAGAGCACCGGGCGGCGCCCGCGUGUGCUCAUCGCCAAGAUGGGGCAAGACGGGCACGACCGCGGCGCCAAGGUGGUGGCCACGGGCCUGGCAGACCUGGGAUUCGACAUCGACAUCGGCCCGCUCUUCCAGACGCCAGCAGAGGUCGCACGGCAUGCCAUGGAAGCUGACGUGCACGUGGUGGGUGUGAGCUCGCAGGCUGCUGGUCACAAGACGCUGGUGCCUCAGCUGCUGGACGAGUUGAAGGCGCAGGGGAUGGAGCGCGUGCUGGUGAUUGCGGGGGGAGUGAUUCCCCCGGAUGACUACCAGUUCCUGUUUGACAAGGGCGUGGGGGCUAUCUUUGGCCCGGGGACCCGCAUUCCCAAGUGCGCGCUGGAGAUUCUCGAAAAGAUCAAGCCGGAGGCUUAA